AUGGCGAACGGAACCGGAGAGGCUUCACCUAUUUUGUUUACGCAACAAAAUGAUGACAACGAAGGUACGAGUAACUCACCAGGGAACCUGACAGCACUCGUGGAAGCUCUUUUGGGGAGAGUGGAUGCUUUAACACAGAAAGUGGAAGCACUUUCUAGUCCACGCCCGGGAACUAAUGCUGGCUCCACCAAUAUUGGUUCUACUAAUAACUCGACUUUGCAUUCACAUUCUAAUGCAACAUCGCUUCCUAAUGGGCAGCGCUCACCGGUGCACCAGAACGCCAAUAACGAUACAUCUAAUACUGACCAGCUACCCCUGUCUUCUGCACAUCGCACUGGUUUACUUCCACCUCCAGUUGGACAUGCACUAGGGGGUACUGACUCUGUCCGUUUCCAGCAGCAAGAAGGUAAUAACGGAAUUGCUAAUAAUGGAAUUGCUAACACCAAUACAAUUCCAUUGAUAACUAAUUUUCUUGGCAACAAUAACUUCUUCAGUCAAAGAUUAGUACCUCAGGUGGAAUCUACUACAGAAUUAAAUGGUGAGAACUUUAAUUUAUCUGAUAAAAUUGAACAAUUUGAUAAUAAGUUAUACAAAUGUAAAAAACUCCAGUUAGAAGUUUCGUACUUGAAUGAAUGCAUUGGUAACAAGGUAGUUCCUAAAGGUCUCCGCCAGUGGAGGUUUCCCGCUGGACUGGCUAAUAAUUCACCUUUUUAUCAAGAACUGACUGACUUAUUUGACCGACAAGGUUUCGAGUUCUUGAAGGCACUUAUUUCAUUCUAUUCUAAAGACAUUACUACUUUAACAGCUGAACUAGAGACCUUGGAACAGGAAAUAGUAACUAAUCCAGAUUUUUUCAGAUACAAAUACAAAUACUCUCGCAUUUUUUCUAGCAUUGAGGCGAGUAUAAGUAAACUACUUUUCACCAAGAAAAAGAAGCUUACCAGAGACAUCACUGAUUACUCUAACAAUCGUGCAUAUCCCAGACUUUCUAACAAGGUAAAUGAUUUACCUUAUGAGAACAUUUCUGAUGUGCAACAUAAUAAUGAUGCUCAUUCCAUUAAUAACAAUAAUUUUCAUAAUAGUUCUGUUCACAAUUUCCAAAAUAACUCUGUCCAUUAUAAUGACAAUAGACAAUUACCACGAAGGAGUCCUAGAUUUAACAACAAUAAUAACAACAAUGCGACCGAUGGUGGUCACCAGCAAGGUGGCUUGCCUCAGGUCGAAUCUAGGGACAACAAUCAGCCUAGUGGUGCACCAGGCCAGUAUGUAGAGGGUACUAACCAGCAAGAUCAUCAGGAUUUUCGUCCUGUCAACAACGCACAGAGAUACAACCCUCCCCAGGCCCAGAUGCAGAACAACACCAGGAACAAGAGGAAGGGACGGAGGAGAUAA